AUGAGGUAUCUUAGCGCUGCUUCCGUGGCCGCAUUUUCUGGUCUUCUAUGGUUAGCGGCAGCUGAUGGACACAAGUCACACUUUUAUUGCGAUCCGGGCCAAAGUGUAUACAUAGAGGACAUUGAACGUGAUGAAGGAAGCGGGUAUUAUACGCAUGCGCAACCCGGUGAUCCUACGGGGCGGACUGGGGUGCCAUAUAUGGCACACCGAUCUGCCUGGGUAGGAAAUAAUGGAGAAACCGUUCCCUACUUGAUUCAAGCAUACUUUGAAUAUCCCUACUACCGAGUCUUUAAAAAAGUCGAGACCGGUUGGAAACCUUGUGAGUACUAUGAAGCUUUGGUCUUUGAAUAA